AUGGUCCUUGUCCGGGGUCCUAACGAUCUAAAGGGUCUCUAUGACAUGAUGACAGUGUCUAGGGACGCCCCUUCAAGCUCCGGCUGCUCGGUUCCCAUCCAAUCGUGGAUGUGUCCCCAGGCACCCGUAACAGACCCGCCCAUUGCUAUCCUAUGCUUCCCAUUUCUUAUUCCCUCUUUUGGAAUUUGGGUUUCUGAGGGGCAAAAAGAGAGAACGCUCGCUGUGGAGAAAUCCGCAAUAGUGUAUCACCCCGGCUUGGAAAGCGAACAGACGGCACCAAGCCACACCAAACCCUCGUGCGAUGUAGAUGCGCCCCAAUCCAUCAGGUCCGUAAUACAAGGGCGGGAUCAUGUAGGCGAGGUCGAGGCCCAUCCCGCAUCCCUCACGUUGAAUAAGGACGGGGGUAAGGUAACCCUUCUAUGGUGCGAUAAUGGGACUGGGGACUGGGACUGGGACAACCUCGUGGUGCAAAACUCUCCACGAUUGCCGCAACAGGAAGUUUUGAGCUGUCGAGAGCUGGGUUGGGAUUCUUCGAAGGAAAACGACAACUUGGCACGGCGCUAG